AUGGAAAAUCGAUUGCGUGACGAACAACGUGCUUCUGGUUCUCAACGAGAAGCUCUACUGGAGCAGAUACAUCAACACUUAUCACAGGCAAACCAGUACAGGGAACAGCUCGAAAGAACUCAACUUGAAUAUGAAUUUUUGCAAGCUGAAAUGCGUCGGCAAGAGGAAGCAGUAGAACGAAAAUUGGCUGAAAAGGAUGGCGAAUUAAUGAAAUUGAUGGAUGAAAAGAAGACAAGUCGACGAUAUGAAGCAGGUGAAAUGGAGCAGAAAGUGUCACUUUUGGGUGAGAAACUAAUCGCCAAGCAAACAGCUAUUGAAAGAUUGGAAAGCGAAAAAAGAGCGCUGGAAUUGAGACUGGAGCGUGCCGAGCGGGCCUAUAGAAAUGCGGAAGCGGCAGCGAUUAAAGCUGUUUCAAUAGAAAUGCAUGAAAAAAACGGAAACGGAUUGAGUCCAGGCUUAUCGUUAUUUGGAAGCGGGCGUUCGAAUAAUGUACCAAUACGUAUGGCGAAAUAUGCAGUUGACAUCAUUGAUCAUUUAGGGCAACGCUUGGCGUUUUUCAUGCGAAGUCCGGUAUUUCGGUUUUUCUUCUUUCUUUAUUGUAUACUGUUGCAUACUUGGGUAUUUUUCAUUCUGUUCACUUACACGCCAGAAAUUCAUCCGCAUAAAUUUGCAUAG